AUGGAGGAUCAUCCUCUGGCCAUCUCCGAUGACCGAAAUGUUCCUCCGUGGAAGGGAAUAGCAUCAUUGACGUCCAGUAAAGCGAAUUUUGGGAAUGCUUCAAGAAUCUGUAAUAUAGCUCUGGUUAUCCGAGUGCCAAAUGUGGAAAAGGCAUCAGUUGUAUCUCCUGUGUUGUGGAAAGAAGAUGGAUCAGUAGUCAAGCUAUUUGAGCCCAAUAUUAGAGCUAAUUCUAAGAAGUUGUUGUCCUACAUUGUUGUGAAGGUGUUUGGGUGUCGCAUACUGAUUCAUUUGAUAGCGGUUGAGCUGAGACGGCAGUGGACAAAGUUUGGUAAGUUUCAUCUUACGAGCCUUGGUUCUGAUUGGGUAUUAUGCUCUUUUUUCUCUAAUGAUGCCAUGGAGAAUGUUCUUUCGGGAGACCCAUGGUUUGUCAAUGGGCAUAUAAUUGGGCUGGAUAAGUGGAAUUCAGAUCUCAAUCCCAACUCACUCAAAGGGUUGUCUUCUCCAAUUUGGAUUAGGAUGCCAAGUUUGCCGCUUUACUGCUGGGAUGAAAUUAAUGUAUCAAGGAUAGCUUCUUCUAUUGGAGAACCUAUUUUGAUAGAUGGAGAUAUGUUCCAAUGGGAGAGGAGAGAAUUUUCCAGGAUUUGUGUUCACAUUCAGCUUGAUCAGAAACUGCCAACUGGUGUUUGG